GCGCAUGCGUGCGAGCGCUAGCGACGACGGCGGCGGGGGAGUCUCGGGGAUGACAGUGGCUUUGCCCGUUGGGGUAACGGUCGUCGUCGCCAGCAGGGCCUAAGGCGCGGUACAGCCCGUAGGAGCCAUUAAGGCCGCAGCAGCCCGGGCCCUACCGACCUGGAGUGGCGCGUGGAGUCGGGGUGAGGGCGGCGAGGCACGGGGAGGGGCCUGCGGCAGGGCCUUGCUGUGUGCGCUGGGCGGCGGCGGGGCCUGGCGGUGUGAGCGCUCGCCUCCCGCGGCUGUGCAGGCGCCGAGGGCGGCGGCAGCCGUCGUGCUCGCGGAGGAGUCGUCUGUGUGUGCGGCGCCGAAAAGAUGGCCGGGCAGUGAGGGGGCGGCGCUUGCGUCUGGUGACCCCGGAGUGUGCGACUGAGGAGCGAGGGGCGCCGCCGCGGCCCGGCCGGGCCUGCUCCCCGCCCCCUCCCGCCAGCCGGCGGCGGCCCGCGCACUUCCUCCCCGGCCCUCCCCUCCGGGUGGGGAACUCUCGCCUGCCGUGCCACCUCGGGGACCGGCGGGGUGCUACCUACCGGGCGGAGAGCCAGGGCGCAGUCUGGGCCCCGCGUCCGAUAUGGAGAGAGCGGCGGCGGCGUCCGCCAGCCGCGACUGCAACCUUCGUCCCCGCCGCGGCGUCUUGCACUAGAUCCGGGAAGCCGCCGCCCGACCGUCGUCCUUGCUGUGGCCGCCGCCUCCGCGCCCGGCGCUGGGAUGGAGUAAGAGGCUCUGCAGCCCGGGAGAAGCGUGCCGCGCCUCGGACCGGGCCGGGGCCUGCUCCCGCGCCCGCCAGCUGGAUCUGAGGAGGCGCCUCGGUGUCCGGAGAUGCUGCUCGAGCGCAGGCCGCCCGCCGAGCUGCGGGGCUAGACUGAGCGCGGAGUCCCGCCCCGAGCGCCCAAGCCGCCGCGUUCUGUGCUCUGUGGUCGCUCCGGACGAACUCGAACGCUGGUCUCUCUUUUUUUUAUAUUUUUGGUCUGGAAGUCUCAGGGACGGAGGGGCGCCAAGGCCCCAUGUGUGGGAGGAUUGCUUCAGCUCCACAAACUUGCACGGAUUUUGGUUACUUGUUGGGCCAAUGGUUCGGCUCUGAUUUCUUCCGAAUUGGUGCAAAUUCGCCGUCGUUCUCUGGCUGCUUACAAAGUUGGAUCCGGAAUUUUUUUUCAACCGGGAGCCACUGGUGUCGAAGUGUCUGCAAUGAACCCCGUGAAUGCUACUGCUCUCUACAUUUCCGCGAGCCGCCUAGUGCUCAACUACGACCCCGGAGACCCCAAGGCGUUUACUGAGAUUAACAGGCUCUUGCCUUACUUCCGACAGUCUCUUUCGUGCUGUGUUUGCGGACAUUUGCUACAAGAUCCUAUUGCACCCACCAACUCCACCUGCCAACACUAUGUCUGCAAAACUUGUAAAGGCAAGAAAAUGAUGAUGAAACCUUCGUGUAGCUGGUGCAAAGACUAUGAGCAGUUUGAGGAAAACAAGCAGUUAAGCAUCCUAGUGAACUGCUACAAAAAACUAUGCGAAUAUAUAACACAGACUACACUGGCACGGGAUAUAAUAGAAGCAGUUGACUGUUCUUCUGAUAUUUUGGCUUUGCUUAAUGAUGGAUCAUUGUUUUGUGAGGAGACAGAAAAACCCUCAGAUUCAUCCUUUACUUUGUGUUUGACACAUUCCCCUUUACCUUCAACCUCAGAACCUACAACCGAUCCUCAAGCUAGUUUAUCUCCAAUGUCUGAAAGCACCCUCAGCAUUGCUAUUGGCAGUUCUGUUAUCAAUGGUUUGCCUACUUAUAAUGGGCUUUCAAUAGAUAGAUUUGGUAUAAAUAUUCCUUCACCUGAACAUUCAAAUACAAUUGAUGUAUGUAACACUGUUGACAUUAAAACUGAGGAUCUAUCUGACAGCCUGCCACCUGUUUGUGACACAGUAUCCACUGACUUAUGUUCCACAGGCAUUGAUAUCUGCAGUUUCAGUGAAGAUAUAAAACCUGGAGACUCUCUGUUACUGAGUGUUGAGGAAGUACUCCGCAGCUUAGAAACUGUUUCAAAUACAGAGGUUUGUUGCCCUAAUUUGCAGCCAAACUUGGAAGCCACUGUAUCCAAUGGACCUUUUCUGCAGCUUUCUUCCCAGUCUCUUAGCCAUAAUGUUUUUAUGUCCACCAGUCCUGCACUUCAUGGGUUAUCAUGUACAGCAGCAACUCCGAAGGUAGCAAAAUUGAAUAGAAAACGAUCCAGAUCAGAGAGCGACAGUGAGAAAGUUCAGCCACUUCCAAUUUCUACCAUUAUCCGAGGCCCAACACUGGGGGCAUCUGCUCCUGUGACAGUGAAACGGGAGAGCAAAAUUUCUCUUCAACCUAUAGCAACUGUUCCCAAUGGAGGCACAACGCCUAAAAUCAGCAAAACUGUACUUUUAUCUACUAAAAGCAUGAAAAAGAGUCAUGAACAUGGAUCCAAGAAAUCUCACUCAAAAACCAAGCCAGGUAUUCUUAAAAAAGACAAAGCAGUAAAGGAAAAGAUUCCUAGUCAUCAUUUUAUGCCAGGAAGUCCUACCAAGACUGUGUACAAAAAACCCCAGGAAAAGAAAGGGUGUAAAUGUGGGCGUGCUACUCAAAAUCCAAGUGUUCUUACAUGCCGAGGCCAACGCUGCCCUUGCUACUCUAACCGCAAAGCCUGCUUAGAUUGUAUAUGUCGUGGCUGCCAAAACUCCUAUAUGGCCAAUGGGGAGAAGAAGCUGGAGGCAUUUGCUGUGCCAGAAAAGGCCUUGGAGCAGACCAGGCUCACUUUGGGCAUUAAUGUGACUAGCAUUGCUGUGCGUAACGCUAGUACCAGCACCAGUGUAAUAAAUGUCACAGGGUCCCCAGUAACGACGUUUUUAGCUGCCAGUACACAUGAUGAUAAAAGUUUGGAUGAAGCUAUAGACAUGAGAUUCGACUGUUAAAGCAGUGGGUCUUUUAAACCUACUCCUGGUAGGGAAAUAGCUACAGUUUUACGGCAGCUAUGGUUCUGUUGGUUUAACUUGCCGGAGCUCCUGCAUAUAGAUCACUUGUAUCAAGUGUUUUCAUUGCUAAGUUAUAUGUGUUAGUGUCGGGGAAAUAGUUUGCAGAUAAUGGAGGAGUAACCCUACAACUAUAUGUCCUUAGUUCUUACAGAACCUUAUAGUUUGAGAACAAAGUUGAUGCAACUGAUUUAUACAAAAUGAACUUUGGCAAGGAAAAUAACAUUAACCUCAUUGUUUAUGGUCAUGCUUUGUGCAUAAUCAAAGUUUAUGAUUAAAUGUAAGGAAGUGGUAUCUAGUCAGUCCAUAAAGAUUGUGCUAAUUUUUUUGUGGAAAAGUAGCCAUUAGUUCAGGAAAUUCAGUGCUGCCUUCACAUGGCAUUGAUGUUUCUCCUGUUGGAAAGCUGAAGUGUCCAGUUCAACCUUUGUGCUGACAUCAUACCAUUUCUGAUCAUGAAAAUUGGCUACUGGUGUAUGUAGCAGUUCUUAAAUCAGCAGUAUUAUGAAAAAAAAAUUCCCCCCUCAUUAGAAUGUUUAAGAAAUCUUUUAAAAAGGUAAACUGAAAUUCUGUCAGACUACAAAUGUUUAGCUGUUUGUCAUUCAUUUCUAGGGGAAAAAAAUUAUAAAUCCUUCCUUCACUUUGAGAAGUGUUCUAAUUGGAUAAAUGAAGUGAAGGAGAGUAGUUUUAUUCUGAAGGUAAUUGAAUUUAGACUAUAUAGUAUGUGACAGAGUUUGUGAAAAAUUAUAAAAAGAUUUUUUAGUAAUUGGGAUUUACUUAAAAUAAUUUCAGAAUAAUGCCCCCAGACUUACCCAGAUUUAUGUAUUGUACUUAUUGCCACUGGCCGCCACUUUGAUAUUUGUUUUUGCUAAUAGUUUAUUUGCUACAGUCUUUAUUUUGAAUAUGCUCCCCCCCCUUUUUUUUGGAUGUUGUUCAUUAUGAAGGCUUCUUUAUAGAGGCCUAAUAAACAUGCCUUUUUAUGAAGCCUGUGCAUUUAGGUAGGUUGAAGCUAGGAGGAUUUUCUUUAGAAUGCUCUUUUGCAUGUAAAGCACAAAGUAUGUUUCAGUUUAAAUGCACUUCUUCCCGUUAAUUUUUAUGGGGAAGACAAGUGAGUCACAAACAUUCUGUUGAAGGGAAAUCUAGUCAGUUGCUUGAAAGAGCACAGCCCAAAUAAAACAAGGACUGACUAGGUAUAAUGAAAUAACCUAUGAUUUAAAAGAAGAGCUGCAGCUUUGACAGUGCUUAUUUAAAGAAAAAUACUGCUGGAACAUUUCCAAUUUCUACUACGUUCACCAUCUCUAGUAAGAUCUGACAUAUGUUGAAGUUAUGUUUUGAUUUGGCACACAGCAUGUUCAAUGAUGGUUACUCGCCUAGUACAAGACAUGGAGAAGAAACCUUUGGACACAGAGCAGAUGACACCUCCUUCUGUUUUGUAGUGUAUCCUGGUGUCAUUUUCUGUGAAUGUGGUCAGGUAGAGUUGUUUUUGUUGUUGUCGUUGGGUUUUUUUUUUGUUUCGUUUUGUUUUUUGUUUUUGGUCUCUUUUGGUGGGGUGGGGGUGGGCUAAAGCCAUAGGAAGAAAAAUGUGAUGUAUGUGUCCAGUAUGUACUAUUUUGUUUUUGUUUUGCAAGAAGAGUUGAACUAUUUUUGAUAACAAGAGUAAAUGGUGGAAAAUGCUUCUUAGUUGUCUUGUCUUUAUUUGCUUUCCAAGAUUUGGAAUUUUAUUUAAUUCCUUUAAAUGUUAGCAGUGUCUUAUGAAACAUGUAUUUACCUAAAGUUUGUAACAGUUUUGUGUUGAACCCAGAUGCCCUGCUAUAUAAAGUUGUAAAUUUGUUCUUUAUUCACUAAUGAUCACUGCAAAAAUGAUUAGAAAUGAGAUUGUACACAUGGAUGAUGAGGAUAUAUUUUGCAAAUCGACCAAACUUUCCUAAUAUUAUCAUCUUAAAACUCAGAGUACUUUAUUGCUUCCCAAGUUUGAUAAUCUUGUGUUUUUUUUUUUGUUGUUUGUUUUUUUGAUGCAUGGGAGGUUGGCAAUAUAGACAAAGUGGAAAUCAUUAGUAUGUGAGGGCUUUGAUUGUUAUGUAAUAUUGCCAAUGAUGAAUUCAGGUUGUUUUUAGCACAAGUUUCUCUUUUUUAUGCUGGUAUUCUCACUGCCACAUUUUUGGAAACCUGUAUUACACCUUAAAUCUAUCAAUAAAUGAUAGUUUUC